CACGCAGUUUUUACAAACACAGUAAAAAGUAAAAACAUUUUAGUUGGAAAGUACCAUAAGACACUCGAGUUCAUAUCGACAGCUAGAAUACAAAACAACAUAUCAACAAAACAUCCAAAAUUGAAUUUUUUUGUUUGAUUAAUUGCGUCACACUCUCUCAUUAUCUUAUCCAAUAAUAUUUGUAUCUACAUAUUUAUAUGGCAAUGAUUUUGUGUUAUCGGUGAAGGUGACAUACGAAACUAAAAUGCUCUUACUUCUGAGUCAAUCAACUCAGUUUGUUAAGAACAGUGAAUCCGAACAGGCCGCCAUGAGUUUAGUUGGUAAAGUUGUGAUUGUAACCGGAGCAAGUUCAGGCAUCGGUGCCGCCGCAGCGCUAGCCUUUGCCCAGCAGGGUUCCAAAGUAGUGCUCACAGGACGAAAUGAAGCAAAUCUGAAGACUACCGAAGCGACUUGUAAGGCUGCCAACAGCCAAGCUGAGCUGCUCUCCAUCGUUGCUGACGUCACAGUUGAUGCGGAACGCAUUAUAAACUCGACAAUUGAAAAAUUCGGACGGUUGGAUGUGUUGGUGAAUAAUGCCGGUGUAGAUGCAAACGGUUCAAUACUAGAAAUUGACGUCGAACAAUUUGAUAGAGUUUUCGCUACCAAUUUGCGAGCGGUCUUCCUUUUAACGAAAUAUGCCGCACCACAUCUUGUGAAGUCCAAAGGAAAUAUUGUGAAUAUUUCCAGUGUCGCAGGAUUGCGUUCACUUGCAAGUAAAUCAGUAUACUGCACCUCCAAAGCGGCACUGGAUCAAUUCACCAGAUGUAUCGCCUUGGAUUUGGCACCGAUGAAUGUGCGUGUCAACGCUAUCAAUCCCGGUGUAGUCGUUACAGAUAUUCAUAAGCGUUUAGGCAUGUCGGAUGAGCAAUAUGCUACAUUUUUGGAGCAUUGUAAGACUACACAUCCAAUCGGUCGCGUCGGCGAUGCAAAGGAAGUGGCCGAUGCCAUUAUUUUCUUAGCUAGUGACAGUUCGAGUUUUAUAACGGGUGCAAAUCUGUCGGUCGAUGGUGGUAGACGAUUACUGUGUCCGCGUUGAUUUACAACUUAAAUGUUAUUUAUACAUAUAAACAAAUUUAAUAAAAAAUUAA